AUGUCAGACUCUCGCGGCCCUGGCAGGCCCAAGACCAAGGCGGCCACGGCCGGCAACAAGCCCGUCCAGGUCGAGAUCAAGAUGGAGCAGCACUUCACCUCGCGCAUCUACACAUCAGGCUCGACCGUCCGGGGCAACGCAGUCAUCCACUGCCAGAAGGACACCCCCUUUGACAACAUUGACAUUGUCUUCACCGGCACCGCCGCCACCCGCCUCGACUUUGUCCAGUCGUACACGACAAACGCAGUCCGCACCUUUAUGAAGCUGCGCAUGCCCAUCCCGGACGACGACAUGCCCUCCCCACGCAUCUGCAAGGCUGGCGAGACCUACACCAUUCCCUUCCACUUUGUCGUCCCGCACCAGCUCACCAUGGGCACAUGCAAGCACGCCUCCGCUGCGCCCGCUGUUCAGGACCAUCACCUGCGCAUGCCCCCGACCGUCGGUUACUGGGACGGCGAUGAUCAGGCCCCCGACAUGACGCACAUUGAGUACGCCGUCCGCGCCAAGGUCAUCGGUGCCAGAACCGCUCCCGACAGCUCCAAGUCCCUCGUCGAGGGCAAGAAGAUCCUCAAGGUCCUCCCCGCCACCCCAGAGGAGCCCCCGCUCGACAUCACCAAGGUCGACGAGCGCUACUGCCUGUCCAAGACUAAGACCUUCCGCAAGAACCUGCUCGGCGCCAAGGCCGGCGACCUCACGGCCUCGUCUGCCCAACCCAGCGCCGCCAUGCUUCACGGUGACGGCUUCGGCGCCAGCGGCACCACCGCCACCGUCAACCUCGAGUUCGCGCCCGCCUCGUCCGACGCGACGCCCCCCAAGAUCAACUCGGUCCAGGGCAAGCUCCUCUCCACCACCUUCUUCGGCAGCGCCAGCUCCGAUACCCUCCCCAACCUCGGGCCCAAGACCAUGUAUACCCACCACCAGGUCCUCACCUACUCGGCCACCACUGGCCUCUUCCACACCCGCCCGGACAAGAUCAACUGGAUCCAGCGCCCCGCCCCCAUGGUCCGCCGCGACUCGGGCUACGAGACGGCCGGCAGCCCCGCCGAGAUGACCGACGAGGAGCCCGAGGUUGCGCCACGCGGGCGCAACAGCCGUCGCGGCAGCAAGGACCACAGUAGCGGCAACAAAAAGGCAAAGUCCGUCGCCCCGGCCGUCCGCCAUCGCGCCACCCUCAAACUGCCCGUCGAGAUUCCCAUCUCCAAUAAGCGCAUGUUCCUGCCCACCUUUCACAGCUGCAUCAUGUCCCGCACCUACGCCCUGCAGCUUGUCCUCUCCGUCGGGCCCUCCAACACCACCAUGACCCUCCACGUGCCCAUCCAGCUCGGCGUCGAGACCCUCUACGACCCAGAGACCUUUGAGGAGCUGCCCUCGUUCGACGCCGCCAUGGAGCAGGCCCAGCGCGAGGAGGCCGAGGAUUACCUCACCCCGCGCCUCAUGCAGGCCGCCCAUCCACCGCAGAUGAGCGUGCUGCCUGGGUACCAGGAGGCCACGCGGUCAGUGGCAGUGGCUUGA